AUUUGCAGGGUUAUGCUGUCUCCAAAAUGCUAGCUGAGAAGGCAGCUUGGAAAUUUGCCCAAGAAAAUAGCAUUGAUCUGGUCACUGUCAUCCCUUCCAUCAUUACUGGUCCUUCUCUUACUUCAGAGGUUCCCCACAGCAUUUCUCUCUCAAUGUCCCUUGAUUACAGGUGCUGAACCGAAACCUAUAUACAUAUUUACCAACUUCUUUAUUUGAUCUGGACAAACAUGUGGGGAUUUUCUGAUGGGGUGGUGUUGCAACAUUGGGCAGCGAAUGAAUCCCUCAUAAACGGUAUGAAAGGGAUGCAAAUCUCCAUGACUCAUGUGGAAGAUGUCUGCUUGGCCCAUAUCUUUGUGGCGGAGAAAGCAUCGGCUUCUGGGCGAUACAUCUGCUGCGGUGCUAAUAUCUGUGUACCUGAGCUUGCCAACUUCCUCAACAAAAGAUACCCUCAGUGCAAAGUCCCAACUGAUUUCCGAGACUUCCCCUCUAAGUCCAAGAUGUUACUCUCUUCAAAGAAACUUGUUAAAGAGGGAUUCGGUUUUAAGCAUGGGAUUGAAGAAAUCUAUGAUCAAUCCAUGGAGUACUUGAAGGCUAAGGGACUAUUGCAAAAUUGAACUCUUAAUAAUCGGGGACUGUAGAAUAUUAUGAGAGUUCUUACACUGAAAAUGAGAAUUUAUGACAAUAUUAUAAUAUUUUUCAAUGAAAUAAUUAAGAUAAAAGGUUGGAAAGAUUGGUCACUUUAUUUUUCUCUUGAGUACACAAGAUCAUCCAUGGUUAAGAUUAAUGGCAAAUGAGGAC